UUUUUUCUUGAUCACAAUGAAUACCUCUUCUCGAGAGAGUGAAGGAAGUACGCAGACGGGUGCACUUAUACAUAUGUUAGGUACUUCUAAUUUCUGAAUUUCGAACUACAUGGUUCAAUAAGCUUUCUCUCGAACUUUUUGGGAAAACUUACAAUACUAAUUUAUGGGAGAAUUUUUCGAAAUUGUGUAGAAUUAUUCUGAAUAACAAAUAAUUUCAUCAAGAAAAUUUCAUCUGCAAAAACUAUGUAGGUAUACAAGACGAAUAAUUGAAGUAUAGACAAUUCAUAAAACAUUGAAAUACAUAUAUCAAAAAUAGUCAAAACAAAUUGAUAAAACAAACAAAGGAAACUAUCGAUGGAGGUCGUUCACCUUCGCUCCAAAUAUUAGGGAUAUAUACUACACAACAUAAACUAAAGAUGCGUACCAAGUUUUAAGGCUCCCUUUAUAGAUGUAUUAUACAUAUUUAUCCGGAUUGCUAAAAUUGUAGGUAGUGUUGGAGUUUAAAGUAUUUCAACUAGGAUUUAAAAGUGUGGUUUUUGAGAUAAAAAGUAUUUUGUCACGUGCAGUUACACCAAAACAUUAAUCUAUGAUAUUAUUCGUAAAGCCUCCUCUUCAAUUUUUUUUUAGAGCAUUUAGGUGAAUUCUAUUUCGUUUAUACUUGUAGUGACUGUCACUGUGGCAGUGGCGACGCUAGGGCGGCCAGGGAAGGCCCACCCCCCCCCCAAGAGUCUGCUGCCCCCCCUAAAAUUUUACAUAAUCAGGCUAAAAGAUUGGCAGUACUUUAAUUUCGCUUUACUUUGGCCUCCCAAAAAAUCCGGCCUCCUCUUGGCCACCCCUGUCUUUGAAAGCUGGCGUCGCCACUGCACUGUGGGUAUAUACAGGGUGUCCCAAGAAUUGAAAUCAUUGGUUUCUUGAUUCAUUAUCGAGUUACAGGGCGACUCUGAAAAACACUGUUUCAAAUAUUUCGCUAUAUCUUGGUGUCUGUUCCAGAUAUUCGAAAAAUUCUAAAAGUUUUUCUUUUAGUAAUUUUCAUGAUUUUUUAUAACAGAUCAUUAAAAUCAGUUUUUUAGCCGCAGAUUUGUCGAAAAGCAUCCGUUACCGUUUUUUCAAAAAUGUCAUACGUUUCGCAGAUAUUGAGUUUUUGGACUUCUUUUGAUGGAAUACAUUAUAUAAAAAUAUUUUUCAUUUAUUUCAAAAUUAAAUCAAUUUUGUUUCUAUUGUAUAAAUGUAUUUAAAUCAUAUAUAGGAGGUUCCCUUUAAAAAACACCAAAUCUCCUCUAUAUCUCUAAAACGGUAAUUGACUUUUAUGAUCUCUUAUAACUAAGUAUCAUUUAUAAACCAUAAAAAUUAUUAAAAACGUUAGAAUUUUUCGAUUAUCAUGAAUAGAAACCAAGGUAUGGAGAAAUAUCUGAAACAGUAAUUUUUUAAGAAAUAAUGCUCUAUAUGGAUAACGACUCAAAAAUCUACGAUCUGCUUUCUAAUAUCUUAUAUUUCAAAAAAAGAGAACGAAAGUCCUUAAAAAUGUUUUCUCUAAAUCUUAUAGUUCACGAGAUGCUUUCAGUGAGCAUCGAAUUUGGGACAUCCUAUACAGUGAAAAAAACACAGGUAACGUUGAAACUUUUCGAUAAUUGUCAGAUUCCAAAGGUUAUAUUAUAACCAUUUAUUAUUAUCAAGCAGCUAGUUACGAUUAGAGUGAAAUAAAAGUAUAGGUGUCUCCAAAUAUUUCUACAUUGGAAAUAACAAUGAAUGAGAUAACUCAGUAUAAACUAACCGCAGUUUAGAAAAUCUAAUGUUUCGAGUCAUAUCGAUAGUUCUUUCACGUAAUUAGUAUAACAUAUUAGUGAUAUUUUUAUUCUGCAUCAUUUCGAAAAAGAGAAAUGAAAGAUAAAUUUAUCUGUUUGGAUAUCGGAACUACAACUAUUAGAUGUUUAAUUAUUGAUUCUGAUGUGAAAAUACUUGGAUCAUCAUUCAGAAAGGUCAAAUUGAUAUAUCCUGAGGAAGGUGGUGUUGAGAUCGAUCCAACUUGGUUGUGGGAAAAUGUAGUAGCAGUGGUAAAUGAUGCAUUAUACGAUGCAAAAAUUUGUUCAGCCGAUGUUAAAUCUAUGGGAAUAUGUACUCAAAGAGGUACAUUUAUCACAUGGAAAAAAGAUACCGGAGAACAUUUUCACAAUUUCAUCACAUGGAAGGACGUGAGAAGUAGAAAUAUUAUCGAAGAUUGGAAUGAUAGUGUUAUAGUAAAGACUAUACGCUUAGCCUCCCGUUUGCUAUAUUUGGUUACAAGAAAUGGAAGGUAUCAGGCUGGAAGCAAAUUGAAAAUGGCCUGCAGUCAUGCAUCAUCUCGACUGCUCUGGGUACUGGAUAAAAUUCCAAUGAUAAAGGAGGAAAUACAAAAGGAUAAUGUAAUGUUUGGAACCUUGGAUACCUGGCUAAUAUAUAAACUGACAAAAGGCAAAACAUUCGUUACAGAUAUCAGCAAUGCAAGUGCUACUGGAUUUUUUGAUCCUUUCACUUUGGAAUGGGGCUCAUGGGCUAUCAAUAUUCUAAAAAUACCUAGUUGUAUACUGCCGCCUGUUGUGGAUAAUGAUUAUGAGUUUGGAACAACAGAUGUAUUCGGGAGCCCCGUAGAAAUCUCGAAUGUGUUGGCCGAUCAAAGUGCAGCUAUGUUGGGUUCACAAUGUUUCAAAGAGAAUGAUUUGAAAUUAACUAUUGGAACUGGUGCAUUUAUAAAUAAGAAUACAGGUAACAAUAUAGAUUGUCAUUUGGAAGGAAUGUAUCCACUUGUUGGUUGGAAAUUAAAAGACAAAAUCACGUUCAUGAGUGAAGCUCCGUGUUCUGAUUGUGGAUCUUUAAUCGAAUGGAUGAAAGAAGCAGGAUACAUUCAAAAUAUAGCUGAUCUUAAUGAAAUAAUAAAUGAAAGGAAUGAACCGGAAGAGCUUUUCUUCGUUCCCGCUUUUAGUGGUCUUGGGCCUCCAAUCAACGACUCUAAAGCUGCUUCCGGUUUCAUUGGUAUCCAGCCAACAACAACAAAGAAUAAAAUGAUGAAAGCUGUUAUGGAGAGUAUCAUAUUUAGAGUCGGAUUAGCAUAUAAUACUUUGAAAUUCAGUUCAAAUCAUGAUUUCAAAAAAAUAUGUGUUGAUGGGGGAGUUUCAAAUAAUGAUUUCAUUUGCCAACAAAUAGCAAACGCUACUGAUCUUGAUGUUGAAAAAGCUGAGUUUGAAGAAAUAACAACAUUGGGCAUUUUAUUCUCAUGCGGUCUAUCUAAAGGCUUAUGGGUCAAUAUGGCAGAUCUGAACCAAUUGAAAGUGAUCCGAAAAAUUUACAAAUCCGAUGGUAAUUCAACCAAAUGUCAAGAAAAGAUGUCAAAAUGGAGAACUGCAGCUGAGAGGUUCAGUUCUUGGUACGACUGAAAUUGUAAUAUAGAUUUUUAUGCAAAUAAAGUUUAUUUCGUAUAUUUAUAUGAAACUAUUUUUAAA